CCCAUUGGGUUCACGAGAUUAUAACUAUGCUCGUGGACCAUACUACAGAAUAUAACAGUAGGGACGCGACACUGAAAAUACAUUUAGACUUUAUGACAGACUUUCAAUUAUUGGAGUCCGAAAAAAGGCGGAGAAUUCUUCAUUCACACCUGCCUUGGAGCUUCUUGCCUUCAAAGCAUAAAGAUAAAAAGGCUAAAGUCGUGUAUCUGAACAGAAAUCCGAAGGAUAGACACGCUUCCCAGUACAAUUGGUUGAAAGAGAUGAAUGGUGUUCCUCGAGAUUUGAAAUGGAAGGAAUAUUUUGAAGAUAUAGUUAUCAAUGAUAGAUUGUUAACUGGUUGGUUCAAUUACACGAAAGAAAUGACGAAGGCUGCAAGAAAUUUCAAGAAUGUUUACAGCGUGCUCUAUGAAGAUCUAAAAUUGCGCCCAAUUGAAACAAUCAGACACAUUGCUGAGUUCCUUGAAGUUCCCUUUGAUGACAAGUUCAUAGCAGAAGUUGCCGAUAAAAAUGUCUUUCAAAAAUUGAAACAUUACAAACAGGAUGCUACGGUUGCACUAUCAAAAGAUUACAAGUCAGUAUUGUUUAGAAAAGGAGAAAUUGGAGACUGGAAGAACUGGUUUACGGUAUCUCAAAAUGAACAAUUUGACGCAAUAUACAAAAAGGAAAUGAAAGGAGUCGAAGUAGACUUCAUAUAUGAAACGCAGUAGAUACUGUACCAAUAUUGUUUGAAAACUUUGUAUUUAUCAAAUAAUCGCUUUAAACAAAUAAUUCCACUGAGCCACAUAAACUAGAUUUAAUUUUCAGCAAUGUUGCUCUGCAUGUGUUCAAUAUCCUUCUUGUAUAUUUCGCCCUUUUUUACAUUGUACAACACAAAGUCACAUUGAAUGUACAAAUCUACUUCAUGGUCGAAAUAACCUGCCCGAAAAAUUAUUGUCAGCCUAAAUUUGAUGGACCGUUCCUGUUAACCGUUUCACAAAUGAUAUCGGAUAUGUUCCUUACGUCGUAACUAUAAUACUUCCCUUUCAUAAAUGUAACCUACCGAAUUAGUCUAUUUACCGGAUAUAUUUUCUCCUAAGUAACACGUCAGGUGCCACAUGUGGUUCAGGAUCUGCUUUCCCUUCCGGAGCAUCUGAGAUCACCUAACCUUGUUUUUGGAGGGUUUCUUUAGUUUUCUAUGUUGUGUCAUGUGUACUAUUGUUUGCCUGUUUGAAUUUUUCAUUUUUAGCCAUUGCGUUGUCAGUUUAUUUUCGAUUUAUGAGUUUGAUUGUCCCUCUGGUAUCUUUCGUCUCUCUUUUAUUUCACAGCCUACGCUUUUUUACUACCUGAACAUGCAGUAUGAGUGUAUUCACAUUUGUUUACUUAUAUAUAAACAUAUUUUAUAAUGUAUAAACAGCGGAAUAUAAUUGUUAUUUCACAUUAAACAAGUACUACAAAAGUGGUAUGAUCACCAAUGAGACAACUAUCCACAAGAGUUUAGAUGAAGUGACUUCACGCAAUUCUGAUUAUCUUGUUUGUUCUAUCAUUUUUGUCAAUAUUAAAAUUGAUACUAUGAUAUGUUCGAGAAUUCGUAAAGGAUAACAAUAAACUAAAACUGUCGAUAGGUCAUUUACCUCCUUUUCGAGAUAUUUGAGAUUUAAAAUAUGGCGGGA